CUAACUGAGCGAGAGCGAGCCACUGAAUGGGAUGUAUUCUGUUACUGAGUGGAAUUCUGCCGACAUUGUUCCAUCGCUGCAUUUCCCCGCAAGCAUUCUGUCGACGUUGUCAACCUCCAAUCCUCAGUAAAAUGGCUCUGAACAAACUACCCCUGGACAAAUUGGACCUGGAUGGUAAACGGGUGUUCAUGAGAUGCGACUUCAAUGUGCCUCAGGACAAGAGCACGGGGGCGAUUACGAAUCCGGCCCGCAUUGUGGCCGCAUUGCCCUCCAUCAAAUAUGCCCUGGAGCAGAAGGCCCGCUCGGUGGUGCUGUGCUCUCAUUUGGGUCGACCCGAUGGUCGGAGAAACGACAAGUUCUCGUUGAAGCCCGUGGCCGAGGAGUUGGAGAAGCAAUUGGGCACGAAGGUGCAAUUCCUGAAUGAUUGCGUGGGCGAGGAAGUGGAGAAGGUGUGCCAAGCGGCGGAGGGUGGAGCCGUGAUUUUGUUAGAGAAUCUCAGGUAUCACGUGGAAGAGGAGGGUAAGGGCGUGGAUGAGGCGGGCAAUAAGAUCAAGGCCGAUCCGGCCCACGUCAAGACAUUCCGGGAGUCGCUGAGAAAGUUGGCUGACGUGUAUGUCAAUGAUGCCUUCGGGACGGCCCAUCGGGCUCAUUCGUCCAUGAUGGGCGAAGGCUAUGAGCAACGGGCGGCUGGGUUUUUACUGAAAAAAGAGCUCACUUACUUCUCCAAGGCCUUGGACAACCCUGAACGACCUUUCUUGGCCAUCUUAGGUGGGGCCAAAGUGGCCGAUAAGAUCAAGCUGAUCGAGAACAUGCUCGAUCAAGUGGAUAAGAUGAUCGUGGGCGGGGGCAUGGCUUAUACCUUCUUGAAGGUGUCCAAAAAUAUGUCGAUCGGCGAUUCCUUGUACGAUGAGGCUGGGGCCAAGAUUGUGGAUGACUUGUUGAAGAAAGCCAAGGACAAGAACGUGGAGUUUGUUCUGCCCGUGGAUUUUAUCACCGCCGACAAGUUCGAUGCCAAUGCUGCCACCGGAACCGCCACCGUCGAGGAAGGUAUCCCUGAUGGAUGGAUGGGUCUAGAUGUGGGUCCCAAAUCCAUCGAGCUCUUCACCCAGGUCGUCAACGAUUCCAAGCUCAUCGUCUGGAAUGGACCGGCUGGCGUUUUUGAGUUUGAGAACUUUGCCAAGGGCACCAAGGCCAUUAUGGACGCCGUGGUGGCCAAGACUGCCAGCGGUGGAGUCACUAUCAUUGGUGGGGGUGACACGGCCACGUGUUGUGCCAAGUGGAACACGGAGGAUAAAGUGUCUCAUGUCUCGACGGGCGGUGGAGCUUCCUUGGAACUGCUGGAGGGCAAGGUUUUGCCGGGGGUGGCUGCCCUCUCCGAUGCUUAAGUCAUAUUCAAUAUUUCCAACGUUCUGUACCCAUGCUAGUGGAUGGAUUAAUUUUCAAAAGAAAAAUACAUUAUUAGCCAUAA